UCUUCUUUCGUCUCUCCUUUGGAUCUUCUCUGGUUGCCUCACACUCCGUGCAGACUGAAUUUCUUUGGUAACUCUCCUGGUUUGCAGGUGUUUUCCUAGCAUCCCGCAACCAUGGCUGCCACCACCGUCUCCGCCAGCCUCAAGGCCGCUUCCCUUGUGCAGCCUAAGGUCAAUGCUGCCUCCCUCAAGGCAGCUCCCGUGUCUCAGGCCUUUGGCCUGAAGGCUGCCUCCUCCAAGGUGUCCUGCUCCCUGGAGGAGAACGUCCGUGGCUUCGUCCAGAAGGCCGCUGAUGCUGGCAAGGCCGCCGCUCUCGCUCUCGCUUCGUCCGCCCUUGUUGUCUCCGCUGCCCAGGCCGAGGCUCCCAGGCUGACCUUCGAUGAGCUCCAGAGCCUUACCUACUCGGAGGUGAAGGGCAGCGGCAUCGCUAACCAGUGCCCCAUCAUUGCUGGCGGUGUUGAUGGCUUCGCCUUCAAGUCGGGCAAGUACCAGAUUACCAAGAUGUGCCUGGAGCCCACCUCCUUCACCGUGAAGGCCGAGUCCCAGUUCAAGGGCCAGGGUGAGGAGUUCCAGAAGACCAAGCUCAUGACCCGCCUUACAUACACUCUGGACGAGAUCGAGGGUCCCCUUGAGGUCUCUGGCGACAAUAUCAAGUUCACCGAGGUUGACGGCAUUGACUACGCCGCUGUCACCGUCCAGCUUUCCGGUGGCGAGAGGGUGCCGUUCCUCUUCACCAUCAAGGAGCUUGUUGCCUCCGGCACUCCCGACAGCUUCGGCGGUUCCUUCCUGGUGCCAUCGUACCGCGGUGCUACCUUCCUUGACCCCAAGGGCCGUGGUGGCUCCCAAGGGUACGACACUGCCGUCGCCCUCCCCGCUGGUGGCUUCGGUGAUGUGGAUGCCCUGCAGAAGGAGAACCAGAAGUCAUACAAGGCUUUGAACGGCAACAUCACCUUCAGCGUGGCCAAGUCGAACGUUGAGACUGGCGAGAUCGGUGGAGUGUUCACCAGCGUCCAGCCCUCUGACACUGAUAUGGGUGCCAAGGUUCCUAAGGACGUCAAGAUCCAGGGCAUCUGGUACGCCCAGGUGAACUAGACUGCACCAUAAUGCCUGUAAAUCAGAAAAAGCAUCAGAACAUUUUUCCCUUUACUUGAAAAUCCACAAUUUGCCGACAAUUCUCGUAAUGCCUUAUGAAAUGCCCAUUCUCAUCAUAUAUCCUACUUAGCGAAAGAGCUUGAUUAUCCAGAAACA